AUGUCGUCCUCAGAAGAUCAAAGCAGUACCGCUCAAACUUUUCUAGCAUAUUUUCACAUUGCUGCAGUGGAAGCCUUGAUAGGGAAGCGGGUUGACAAAACCAAUCUUGUCAACUCCCAGUAUAUAGUGGAUAUAGCAAAUCUUCUUUACGCUGGCUGGGGCAUCUGUGGUUCCUGGACUGUGGAGAAGGAGGAGCAGUGUCUGCUCCUUAAGGAGCAGUUUGAGGAAAUAGGAGUCAAGGCUGUCAGAACCAAUAAGGAACGCAUAAGGAAUGCAUGUUCCAGAAGCAUAAAAUGUGGACCUGACGAGCUUCUUCCUUCGGGUGUCAGUAACAGGCCUUCUACCAUGAGCAAUCCUACUCAAGCUGCGGGUAUACAUAAGAAAAGAUUUCUAUCACAGUUCAUGAACAAUACUGAGAAUGACAAGAAGAAAUUCAAAGCAGACAGACCACCAUGCUCCCCUUCACGUGUCCUUCAUAUUCGUCAAAUUCCAAGUGAUGCUACUGAAGCAGAAGUCAUUUCAUUAGCUAUCCCUUUUGGCAAAGUAACAAACUUCUUGAGGCUAAAAGAAAAAUGUCAGGCAUUAUUGGAAAUGGAUUCUGAAGAAGCUGCUGCUGCCGUGGUGAACCACUGUAAUUAUUCUGUACCUCAUCUCCACAGCCAGCCUGUUUAUAUUCAAUAUUCCAAGCACAGAGAACUUAAGACUAACAGUUCAUUGUAUCAGGCUACAGCCCAAGCUGCACUGGAAGCUGAGAAUGCUAUGGAGCAUGGAAUCCAGGCUGGUCCAACUACUUAUGCUGUUGAAGGUGGGCAUGGCCCUUAUCAAGGUUCGGUUCUUCGAAUCAUUGUUGAAAAUCUUCACUACCCUGUCACUAUAGAAGUGUUGUAUCAGAUUUUUUCCAGGUUUGGAUCUGUCUUGAGGAUUGUUAUCUUCACUAGGAACAAUCAGUUCCAAGCUUUGCUCCAGUAUGCUGAUCCAAUGAAUGCAUAUUAUGCCAAAAUGAAUCUGGAUGGCCAUAAUAUCUACCCUACGUGCUGCACCCUGCAUAUUGAGUUCUCCAGGUUAGGUAGCCUUGAGGUGAAGUACAACACUGAGAAAAGUAGAGAUUUCACUCGCCUUGAUCUUCCUUUUGAUGAAGGCCAGCAUCCUCUGGAGCUAUCCAUGGCUCCUGCCUAUGGCACCCAAAAUUUCAUCAUCCCGUCAUAUACUGGGGCUCCUGGGUUUGCCCCAGCCAUGGCCUUUACGCCAGUUGCAAGUUAUUCCUUUCCGGUUGUUCCUGCACCAGUAGUGCCUGCACCAGUGGCUCUUCCUGCAGUUUCUACUGUUCCAGCCAACUCUGUUUUACUAGUCAGCAACCUCAACCCUGAAGCCAUCACACCACAUGGACUCUUCAUCCUAUUUGGUAUGUAUGGUGAUGUACAUCGUGUGAAGAUCAUGUUUAAGAAGAAAAGCAACGCAUUGGUUCAAAUGGCAGAUGGAACCCAGGCUCAGUUAGCUAUGGGUCACUUGAAUGGACAGAAGCUUUAUGGAAGGGUCAUCCAUGCUACUCUUUCAAAACAUCAAAUAAUUCAACUUCCUCCUGAUGGAAAGAAGGGCAACGGUCUGACAAAGGACUAUAGCGAUAGCCCUCUACAUCGCUUUAGGAAGUCUGGCUCUAAGAACUUCCAAAACAUCUCUCCUCCAUCUGACACCCUGCAUCUCUCCAACAUCCCGCCUUUUGUUACUGUUGAGGACAUGGAAAACCUUUUUGAAAAUACAGGAUCUACUGUGAAAGCCUUCAGAUUCAUCCAGAAAAAAUGCAGAAUGGCUCUUAUCCAGCUAGGCUCUGUAGAAGAAGCAUUUCAUGCUCUCAUUGCGCUUCACAAUCAUGACCUUGGAGAAGAGAAUCACCUCCGAAUUUCCUUCUCAAAAUAUACAAUCUGACUUUUCUGUGGACUUUCCUUUUAAGACUGCAUCACAUAUUAAAUAAAAUCUUCAAGUAGAGACUGAAA